CUCAACCUCACCUCAUUUGCUUCAACAUGCCAUGGACGGCAGGGCGCUGUGGCUUCCCUUCAACCCCCAUGGCCAUCACAGCAAUCCCACUUCAUCCGUGCCAUUCCGACCUCGCGGAUCAUGAUACCAUCACACGACAACAAUGCGUAGCCUGAUGCUGACAAGUCCUGCUUCGUGGUAGACUCCGUCCGCGUGUCCUGAUCAACUCGUUCAGGAAAGGUCGCCGUGCAGUCAUGGCGCUCGCGCACAUUAGGGUUAGUCUAUGGCAGCAGAUCGUCGCGUGUAUCCGCAUCUUGUGGGAGAUCAUCUACCAGCGACGGGUGAUCAAGCGACGAGGGAUCGCGGAGUGGGCGUGCGACCCCAGCAUCCGGGGGAAGACCGUCAUCGUGACUGGCCCCACCAGCGGCAUUGGCUUAGAGAUCGCCAAGCGGCUGGCGCUGGCUGGAGCGCACGUGGUGCUGGCGUGCCGGCGGCCGGACGCAGCCAAGAGGCUGAUCGCGGAGUGGCAGGGCGAGGCGGGCAGCGCGAGCGACGUGAGCUGCGAGGUGCGGCAGGUGGACCUGGAGUCGCUGGCGUCCGUGCGCGCAUUCGCGCACGCGUGGGAGGCGGAGCGGCGCCCGCUGCACGUGCUCGUCAACAACGCGGGGAUCUUCUCCAUGGGAGCGCCCCAGCGGCUGACGGGCGAGGGGCUGGAGGAGCACAUAGCGGUGAACUGCGUGUGCCCGCUGCUGCUCUCGCUGCUGCUGCUGCCCUCGCUGCGCCGCGCCCACGGGGCUCGCAUCGUCAACGUGUCGUCCACUAUGCACGCGUGGGGCGACCUGGACGUGGGCGACCUGAGCUUCAAGGGCCGCCGGAGGCGCUUCAACGCCACGGCCGCGUACAACCAGAGCAAGCUCGCCCAGCUGAUGCUGACGAACCUGCUACAGCGCCGCCUGCCUGCCAGUGCUCGCAUUGACGUGAUCGCCGUGCACCCAGGGGAGGUGCUCACCAACGUGGCGCGCACGCUGCCCAAGGCCAUACAGCGGCUGCAGAGUGCCGUCAUGCACGCCGUGCUGCUGGAGCCAUGGCAGGGCGCGCUCGCCCCUCUGUACUGCGCCACACACCCGGCGGUGGGCGAGCAUGCGAGGGAGGUGCGCGAGAGGGGCCUGUCAUCAGGACCAUACUUUGACUUCGACGGGAGCAGGGGCGAGGUGGCACCGCAUGGCUGCAACAAGAGGGUAGCAGAGGAGCUGUGGCGCGUGGUGCUGGACACAGUGGGGCUCGAUGCGGUGGACGUGGCUGCGAUGAUCAGUGCUCUUGGGGAGUAGCACUGCCUUGGUGGCACCAUGUCACGGUUCCACCAUUUCUAAGAACAAGGCAGUGAAUGGUGUGUGCAUAUGUAUGUGAAACGGAGGGUCGCCCUAUGGAAUGUGGAACGAGACGUGCUGCUGAAGGGGCGACUCAAUGAUUCGACAACCCGUGAGCAUGAUGCAGCCAUGUUGACAGGAUGGUUGAUGGCCUCCGUCGCAUUGCCCUCAACCAACCACGGUCACCAUGGGUCUUUUCUUAUGCAGCCCAGCACAGCUCACUGGUGAUGGUUCAUGACGGCUGACGCAUGUCCCUACCUAGAACCCACUAGGCUGCAGCAAGCCAGUGCUGUCAGGCAUACGACACCUUUGGCACGGUGACACAUGCAAUACAGCCAGGGGGCGAACAACAGAUGGUGCAAAAUGCAACCCACAAAUGCCAUGUGCACACCACCCUCCAAGCAACAUGCAGCCUGAGGGGUGAGCUGCUGAAUGAGGGCGUAUUCCUACGAAUCGUGUUCAGUACCACGAUAGCCAAAAAUGCUCUUGAA